AGCAGGAAUUAGAGGCAACAAUAACAAUGUCACACAAGAUCCUCUUCCUCUGCAAACCAACCUUUGUUCUCACUCUUAGUCUCAGACUUGGAAGAUUGUGUACUAUAAACUCUUGUCUUCAUCAUCACCAUCAUCAUCGUCCACUCCGGUCUUCCUCUCUCAACAUCACUCAUCAUCCAAUCUCAAUAAUUAACAACAACACCACCCGCAUAUGGUGCUCCAACCACACCACCACCACCACCGCCACCUCCGCCGCCGAAAAAGGGUACCUGGAACUCACGGACGAUGAACUGAUGCGUCAAUGCGAGAUGGGUACCUUCAAAACCUCCGGUCCAGGUGGUCAGCAUCGCAACAAGCGCGAAUCCGCAGUGAGACUCAAGCACAUACCCACUGGCAUUAUAGCUCAGGCUUCUGAGGACCGCUCCCAGCAUAAGAACCGCGCUUCCGCGUUAAAUCGCCUUCGCUCUCUUAUAGCUCUCAAAGUCAGGAAGACAGUGGAUCUUGAUGCCUAUUCAGCACCUCGAGAGCUUCUUCAUAUACUUCCUCCGAAGUCAACCAUUAGAGGGUCAGAUUGUGGUCCACAAAUCGGACCUAAUAACCCAAAAUUUGCAUUGGGAAUGCAAGCUCUUUUGGAUCUCAUUUUUGCAGUUGAAGGAUCCAUCUCAGAAGCUGCAAAAUAUCUUGGGUUAUCUACCGGGGCAUUGUCUCGGUUAAUCCUAUCUGAUGAUUCACUUAGAAUGGAAGUAAAUGAUCUGCGGGCAUCAAAGGGUAUGAAGCCUCUCAAGUAGAACCUCUCGAGUUUCCAUUCCAUAUGCAGAGUUCUCAGUUUGCUGUGUGGAGUUCAUUUAUUUGCGAAGAAAAUUCUUUGGACCUGUAACAAGGUAUUUUAUCCACUGAAGAAUUGAGGUUGAAAAUGAAGAAUACUGAAGCUAAUGAGAGGGGAGUGUGGUGUUGAAUUUUCAGAUUGUAGAGAAGAACUCAUUCUCCAGAACUCAGUAAAUAGAGUUGAACAAAGCUGGUUGCUGUAUGGUAUGCUGAAAGAACAUCAAGAUGGCAACCUAAAAUACAAGAUGUAGUUCUCUGUAGAUUUUUUAAACAAAGACAGCUAUAUUUAUAAAUUUCUUGACUUUCUGGCUCUGCAUACAGUUUUUUUCCCGUUGUUUCUACAGUUCAUCAAGUUGGCAACCUGGAAUACAAGAUGCAGAUAUUUGUAGAUUUUAUUAAAAAAAUAAAUUAUAUUUAUCAAUGUAUCUUGAUUUUUUU